AUGGAGAAGGCGAACCCCAGCCCCACCGCCAUGGAGACAGCGGCCACCACCGACUUCUACUCCUGGGAGUAUGACCCCUCCUGGGACGACGGCAUGCUGCCCGAGCUGUGCGAGAAGCAGGAGGUGCAGGGCUUCGCCCGCACCUACCAGCCGGCCGUCUACCUGCUGCUCCUGCUCCUGGGCACGGUGGGCAACGGGCUGGUGCUGCUCACGCACACCCGCUACCGCCGGGCGCACAGCGUCACCGACGUCUGCCUCCUGCACCUCGCCCUGUCCGACCUCCUGCUGCUCCUCACGCUGCCCUUCGCCGUCACCGUCACGCUGCAGGGCUGGGCCCCGGGCACGGCCGCCUGCAGGGCGCUGCAGGGCAUUUACGCCCUCAACUUCUACGGAGGCUUCCUCUUCCUCACCUGCAUCAGCGUGGACCGCUACGUGGCCAUCGUGCGGGUGCCGGCCGCUUGCCGCCUGCGCCCGCGGGCUCGCCGCCACGGCUGGCUGACGGCGGGGCUGGCCUGGCUGCUGGCCACCCUGCUGGCGCUGCCCCAGUUCGUCUACGGCCGAGCGGAGCAGCACCAGGACCUCCGGAUUUGCCGCGUCGUCUUCCCCCCAGCGGUCUCGCGGGCGGCCCGGGGGGCCACCAACCUGGCGCAGGUCGUGCUGGGCUUCGCGCUGCCCUUCCUGGUGAUGGCGAGCUGCUAUGCGGCCGUGGCUCGGACGCUGCUGGCGGCUCGUGGCACCCAGCCCCACCGGGCGCUGCGGGUGCUGCUGGCCCUCGUGCUGGUCUUCGUGGCCCUGCAGCUGCCCCACAGCCUGAUGGUGCUGCUGGAUACGGCCGAGCUGCUGGCCAGCUGGGAGGUGAGCUGCGCCCAGAGCCGCCGCAAGGACCUGGCGCUGCUGGUCACCGGCGGGCUGGCGUACCUGCGCUGCUGCCUCAACCCCCUGCUCUACGCCUUCCUGGGGCAGCGUUUCCGCCGGGAGCUGUGGCUGCUGGCCAGCGAUGCCGGCUGCGUGGGGCCCAUCGACCCGCGCUGCCCCGGCUGCCCCAGUCCCCGCCGGCGUUCGUCGCUCUCCACCUGCCAGGACGUGGCGUAG